GCGGCGGCGGCCCGAGGGCGAAGCCAUCGCCUUGGUAACCCCGGCGGAGCGCAGCGCCGGGCCCGGGGCCGGCUGAGGGAGCGCUCCCCGCUGGCGCCGCCGCGCUGGCUGGGGCGGCGCGGACACGGCGGGGCCGCUGCCCGGGUAGAUCACAUUGAGGUCAUCUCGUGGAAUCUUCUGAAAAAAUAAGAGUAAUAGGAAGAAAAUGUUUAACAAAAGUAUCCUCGCUACACAGUCAAGCUGAAACAGGAAAGGUUCAUUGGAGCCAUGUGGUUAUGAUAUUGAGAUUCCAUAAUGCCUCCUGCCGUGACAGACAGCCUUGACAUCUGGGCAGUGGAUUCACAGAUUGGUGCUGAUGGCUCAAUAUCUGUGGACUUCCUGUUGCCCACUGGAAUCUACAUCAACCUGGAUGUCCCUCGAGAUGCCACCAUAUCUCAGAUUAAACAGCUGUUAUGGAAGCAGGCACAUUCCUACCCUCUCUUUCAUCUCCUCAUGGAGAUUGACUCUUACAUGUUCUCAUGUGUGAAUCAGACUGCUGUGCAUGAAGAAUUAGAGGAUGAAACACGGAGACUUUGUGAUGUUAGACCCUUUCUUCCUGUCCUUAAACUAGUGACAAGGAACUGUGAUCCAGGAGAAAAGUUGGAUUCCAAAAUAGGUGUCCUUAUAGGCAAAGGUCUCCAUGAGUUCGAUGCCUUACAAGAUCCUGAAGUGAAUGACUUCCGAGCUAAAAUGAGGAGAAUCAGUGAAGAAAAGAUUCAGUCUCUUGUGGGUCUCUCCUGGAUGGACUGGUUGAAGCACACUUACCCACCAGAGCAGGAGCCUGUUAUCCCAGAGAGCUUCCAAGAUAAACUCUACAGUGGGAACCUUGUAGUGGCUGUUCAUUUUGACAACUGCCAGGAUGUAUUUAGUUUCCAGGUGUCUCCUAACAUGAAUCCCAUUAAGUUGAAUGAGCUGGCAAUCCGAAAACGUUUGACUAUCCAUGGAAAAGAAGAUGAGGAAGUCGAUCCUGCUGAUUAUGUACUGCAAGUUAGUGGAAGGCUGGAAUAUGUCUUUGGUGAUCACCCAUUAAUUCAGUUCCAGUAUAUCCGCAACUGUGUGAUGAGCAGGACCCUUCCCCAGCUGACACUGGUGGAGUGCUGCACCAUAAAGAAGAUGUGUGAGCAGGAGAUGAUUGCCAUAGAAGCUGCCAUAAACCGAAAAUCCUCCAACCUCCCUCUUCCUCUGCCACCAAAAAAAACAAGAGCAACAACUAGUGUGUGGGAUAUUUCUAACCCAUUCAAGAUUAUUCUAUUAAAGGGUAAUAAACUAAACACAGAAGAAAAUGCCAAAGUUCAUGUUAGGGCUGGUCUUUUCCAUGGCACAGAGCUCCUUUGUAAAACAAUUGUGAGCACAGAAAUAUCUGGGAGAAGUGACCACAUUUGGAAUGAAGUGCUGGAGUUUGAAAUCAAUGUCUGUGAUCUGCCAAGGAUGGCAAGGCUCUGCUUUGCUGUUUAUGCUGUCAUGGAUAAGAUGAAAACUAAAAAGUCUACCAAGGCAAUGAAUCCUUCCAAAUACCAAACCAUUAGGAAAGCAGGAAAAGUGCAUUAUCCUGUAGCCUGGGUAAAUACCAUGGUGUUUGAUUAUAAAGGACACUUGAGGAUUGGAGAACUGGUACUGCACAGCUGGUCAUCAUUUCCUGAUGAACUUGAAGAAAUGUUGAAUCCCAUGGGAACCGUCCAGACCAACCCUUACACUGAGAAUGCAACAGCUUUGCACAUUAGAUUUCAGGAAUAUUCAAAACAGCCUAUUAAUUACCCUCCCUUUGAUAAGAUACUUGAAAAGGCAGCUGAGAUUGCAAGAAACAGCGACAAUGCUGCAAUGGCGGGUCGAGGUGGUAAGAAGUUUUAUGUUGUGCUAAAAGAUAUAAUGGAAAGAGAUCCUUUAUCUCAGCUUUGUGAAAAUGAAAUGGAUCUCAUUUGGACUUUGCGAUAUGACUGUCGUGAAAAUUUCCCACAAUCGUUGCCAAAACUGCUGCUCUCUUUAAAGUGGAACAAACUUGAAGACGUUGCUCAGCUUCAGGCCCUCCUGCAGAUCUGGCCCAAGCUGCUGCCCAGGGAGGCUUUGGAGCUGCUGGAUUUCAAUUAUCCUGACCAGUACGUCAGGGAAUAUGCAGUGGGGUGUUUGAGGCAGAUGAGUGAUGAAGAGCUCUCUCAGUAUCUUCUCCAGCUUGUGCAAGUCCUGAAGUAUGAGCCUUUUCUGGAUUGUGCACUCUCCAGGUUUCUCUUGGAAAGAGCACUUGGAAACAGGAGAAUAGGACAGAUGUUGUUCUGGCACCUGAGGUCAGAGGUUCACAUCCCCGCCGUGUCGGUGCAGUUUGGUUUGAUUCUGGAGGCUUAUUGCAGGGGGAGCGUGGCCCAUAUGAAGGUGCUGUCUAAACAGGUGGAAGCCCUCAAUAAGAUGAAGACUUUAAAUAGUCUAAUUAAGCUGAAUGCCAUGAAGCAAAGCAAAGCAAAAGGCAAAGAUGCAAUGCAUACGUGUUUGAAACAAAAUGCUUACAGAGAAGCACUUUCUGACCUCCAGUCUCCUCUGAAUCCUUCUGUUAUACUCUCAGAACUGCAUGUUGAGAAGUGUAGAUACAUGGAUUCAAAAAUGAAGCCUCUCUGGAUAGUGUACAACAACAAAAUGUUUGGAGGAGAUCUUGUAGGGAUCAUCUUUAAGAAUGGUGACGAUCUCCGGCAGGACAUGUUGACGCUCCAGAUUCUGCGCUUGAUGGACAUUCUGUGGAAAGAGGCUGGCCUGGAUCUCCGGAUAUUGCCCUAUGGCUGUUUAGCAACUGGAGAUCACUCUGGCCUCAUUGAGGCUGUUUCUAGUUCAGAAACCAUUGCUGACAUUCAGUUAAACAGCAGCAACGUUGCUGCAGCUGCUGCCUUCAACAAGGAUGCGCUCUUGAACUGGCUGAAGGAAUACAAUUUAGGAGAGGACUUGGAUCGAGCCAUUGAAGAAUUUACUCUGUCCUGUGCUGGCUACUGUGUAGCUACGUAUGUGCUGGGAAUUGGUGACAGACACAGUGACAAUAUCAUGGUCAGGAAAAAUGGGCAGCUGUUUCACAUAGAUUUUGGGCAUAUUCUUGGAAACUUUAAGUCCAAGUUUGGAAUUAAAAGGGAACGGGUACCUUUCAUACUUACCUAUGAUUUCAUUCAUGUCAUUCAACAAGGAAAAACAGGGAACACUGAAAAAUUUGGCCGGUUCCGGCAGUACUGUGAGGAAGCCUACCUGAUCCUGCGCAAGCACGGCAACCUAUUUAUUACCCUCUUUGCACUGAUGCUGACUGCAGGGCUGCCAGAGCUCACCUCUGUCAAGGACAUCCAGUAUCUCAAGGACUCGCUUGCCCUAGGGAAGAGCGAGGAAGAAGCACUAAAACAGUUCAAGCAAAAGUUUGAUGAAGCUCUGCGGGAAAGUUGGACUACUAAAGUGAACUGGAUGGCUCACACUGUCAGAAAAGAUUACAGGUCCUAGGAGAUUGUGGCAUUUGCACUAAGCUGAAGGUUACCUUGAUCAGUGUUUGUAAAGAGUUUCGUACGGACCAACAAAACUUCAGGAAGCGCUGGGACAACGCUCUCAGGCACAGGGUGGUUCUGGGGGAGCCCCACACAGGGCCAGCAGUUGGACUCUGAUCCUGAUGGGUUCCUUCCAACUCAGCACAUUCUGUGAUUCUAUGAACUGAUCCAAAACAAGAACACUGUCACACGACAGUGAAAACAAAUGGACUGAAAUAACUCCCAUGUCUUUUGCACUCUGCUUCUGAAUGCUUGAUUCCAAGACUGUCUCUACAGUUAGUGAACAUCCUGGAUAAUCAGUUCCUGCUGACUUUGCACGCUGAGAGCUACUAGGCAUUUUUAAAAAUUCUUUGGUACUUUAUGGAGGUGUAAAUAUUUGUUUUUAUACAUUAGGGUAAUGUGCUCUAACAUAUCCUCAGGAGGUUUGAAGACCUCUGACAGAACUGUUCUUUGUUUAAAGUUAGGACUUGAAGAGUAAAUUUUUUUUAUAUAUAUGUAUCCUAAUCUGGCUAAAAGAUGAGCAUAUUGUGUAUAUUUUUCUUAUGACCUCUGCCCUGCUGGCACAGAUGCAUUAAUUUUACUGUAAAUAGCAGCCAUGGUAUCACUGUACUGCAGGGAGCUGCUUCAUGUCUGUGCUGCUGCCCAAGGAAGGGUGGGGGAGACCUCCUACAGAUGUGAUGCAGCAUCCAGAUGUUCAGGUUGCACAAUUUUGUUCCUCUGACUUAGCACACAAAAGAAACCCUUCAGAAUGAGGAAGGUUAGGCCAAUUCCAAACAUGCCUGAGACUCCCUCACUGAUUAGUCUCCCACUCAGCCUCUGGGGCUUUGCCUUCAGCUCCCAGAGAGGCACAGUUUGGUUUGGUUCCUGCAAGAAGCUCCUUCCAGCCUUACACUGAAGUUCCUAUCUCAGAUCAGUCCUUCCCUGCAAAAUGCACUGACCUGUGUAAGGGAUGUUUUCAUUAAAUAUACUACACAAAGUGAUUUUUAGAGCAUGCAUACCAAAAACCCCAGCUGGUUGGAGAAGCAAGAGUUUAUGGGAAAAGGUUAUUCCACAGAACACCAAUGCAGUCACUGAUCUUCUCUCUGUAUUUAUUAAAAGCUUGCAGAAAUGUUGCUUUACCAAGAUAUAUAUGUUGAAGAUGGUUGCUGAAGAAACUGGAUUUGUUUUAAUUUAUUUAGUGAGGUGCCGGGCUUUUAGGUGCUUAAAUGGAGAGCAAAUUUGUUACGUGCAAUAGGGAACUGCUGGUUAAAAGAUGUGACAAACUGUUCCUGAACAUCAGCAAGAGAGGUUUAACUACUGCUUGUUCUCUGAGGAACACUGGUAACUCUUGAUUCUUGUGGACAUUUGAAAGAGAAUUAAACAUAUAUAUUUACUUUUUGACUAAACACUUGUUCUGCAUAGAAAUGUUGGAUGAUGUAGGAAUUUAAUUAAAGUUGGUUUUACUUUGUUGAGAGUUUUAUUUUUGUUGGUUUGGGGUUUCCUUGUUUAUUUUAGAGGUUAGGAACUUACCUGGAGUCAGGGUGGUGCUCUGUGUAGGGUGUUGAUUUUCUUGUCCUCACCCAGUGGGCUUUUCUGUCUGAAAAGGCUUCUGCUUCUAGAAUAUUCUACAGGUAACAAGUGGUAUGUGGGUUGCUUUUGUUGAGUUUAGGCUGAGGGUUUUUUUUUUAGGUUUGGGGUUUUUUUUAUCUACAAUACCUUAGCAUUUAAAGUGUGCCAUGUCCUUUUUUUAUUUUCAUUAUUACUUCUAUAGCAGAUGGCAGGCAAGCUCAAAAUAAACUCUGCUGCAGGUGACAGCUCUGAAAAAAGCAAUCUCAUCCUUAGGUAAUUCCCAGCAUGUGAAUUUGCAUAAGGAACCGUUCCUGUCAAUGUUGUGUUUUUCUGUGAGACACUUGGGCAUCUCUGCUCCCUCUGCUUGUUGAGGGAGAGCUGGGCACUGAGAUGAAGCUGCCCCUUGGCUGCCUGGGGCUGCUGUGGGCUCUGGCAGGAGGGAGAGCUGUGACAUCUCCAUUUCCCUUAUUUCCCUUGCUCAGAGGGAGCUGGCUCCGUGUCCCACCCCAGGCUUCCUGUGGAACUCCAGCAGGUGCUGCAAGGUUCCAGGGACAGGAACAUCUUCCCUGCCUCCAGCACCACCGAGGCUGCUGCACUCAGCAAAGAGAUUUUGGGUGGUUGAGGGGAUUUUGGAUGCGACUUUAAUGCGGGUUAUAAAAGUACUUGAGAUGGUGAGAAAAUCCUGUUGCCUCUGUUCCCUGAGGAAUAUUUAGAGGUGAUUAGGAAAUGCUACUUCUGCUCACUGCUUGUGUUGGUUAAUAGCCCUUCAAUGGCUCUGUUGUGUUUGGUUGUCUUUACCUUCUCCAUGUUUAUUCUUGGCAAUUAAAUAAUGAGAAUGGCAGCAAAGACAAUGAAGCAUUUUCCUCCUGUGAAUUGAUCUUAAAUAGCUGAGAAGAGAUCCCAUCUCACAGGAAUGCUUCCCAGGCUGACCUCUCCGAGCUGAACCUGGCAGGAAGCAGCAUUUACCAAAGCUGGUUUGGUGAUAUAUCUUCAUGUUAGGUUUUGAGCAGAGUCCUGGUUUGCUGAAUUGUGUUAGUAAAUAGAUCACCACUUUCCUGCUUUUCAUUAUACUUGCUACAUACAGCCUGUGGCAUACAGACUUUCAUUCAGAAAACAAACAAACAAAUAAAUAAAGUGCCUUGUGAAAAGUCAAAGGAGGGAGUGUCCUCUGCUGUUUGUCAUUCAAGAGAACACUGGAUUUUGAUACAUCAGUCCAUUGAUUGCUUUUGUACUUUCUUCCCAAUAUCCAGCUCUAAUCCUAAAUUGGUAAGUUAAUUUGGGUUGAUUUGGAAUGUAUUUUAGACCAGUUUCUGAAUUCAGAAGUCAUCAAAUAGAUUAUAAUAAGAGAAUUUAAAGAUUUUGUGUUGAACGUUCAGUUCACAUGGUCUCAUGUUAAUUAUCUUUCUUUGUAUAUGUCCACUGGAAAAAUGACUUUUCCCUCUCAAGGCUUUCAUUGUAUCUGGCAGAGGGGAAAGCUGCCUGGGCUGUUUUAAAAACUACAUCUGAAAUUUGGUAUAUGCAGUGUAUAAAUGAUCUUUAUUUAUUCUGGUUUAUUACUGAUUGCUUAAUGAGUUUGCUUUCCACCUUGAAUAAUUUCUUUUGUGACAAACAGUGCUGCUUUUACACUCCUGCCUGUCCUGUGUUGGAUUUCCAGGGAUCCCUGAGCUCCCAGGGAUUUUCCCCUUAGCUGUGGAGCUGCUUCCUUUCCCUCUCACGCUUGUGUUGGAUGUUUUGGCAGUGGGGUGUUGUUGGUUGUCAAGUCACAUUCCAGCAGAUGCUUUGGACAGAGCCCAUUCCUGUGUUUAGUAUAAAAGAGUCCAAUAUUCCUCUUUAAUCUCCCAGAGCUAUUGAAAUCAGAUAAUUAAAUAUUAGAGGCUUUUAAUAAUUGAUAUGUCAGGCUAUAUCAUAGCUUUAUUC